AUGACUUUUGUGCUGCUUUUGGCUGAUUCUUUCUUCUGUUUCCGUUCUUCCCUCUGGUCUGAGUUGAAAAUCCUCAAAACUGCUUCUUUCAUUGGCUUUUUGGAUCUACUCCAAGAGAUUAGCUCACCUCUCCGUGCCUUGUUGCUGUUGGGAGCGGUCUCUUUGAUGUGCCUCGCUCUGGAUCUCCUGUUCCUCCUCUUUUACUCCUUCUGGCUGUGUUGUCACCAUCGGAAGAGUGAAGAACAACUGAAUGCGGAUUGUUGCUGUACGGCGUGGUGUGUCAUCAUUGCAACUCUAGUGUGCAGUGCUGGCAUAGCAGUGGGCUUCUACGGGAACGGGGAGACCAGUGAUGGCAUCCACCGGGUGACAUAUUCCCUACGACAUGCCAACCGCACAGUGGCCAGUGUCCAAGACCGGGUUUAUGACACCGCCAUUGCGCUAAACAAAACCGCAGAGCCCAAUUUAGGAGACCUGGAGAUCAUAUUCAGUAAGCAGACGCAGUAUCUGCACGUGGUUCAAAAGCUCCAGGGACUUUUGGAUGACCUGGUAAGACAAACCACAGAGAUUCCUUUCUGGAAGAACCACCAGGUUUCAUUAGAAGACUUGGCCAUUCGGAUUGACCUGUACGACUGGUACAGAUGGUUGGGCUAUCUGGGCCUGCUCAUGUUCCAUGUUGUGAUUUGUCUGCUGGUGCUAUUUGGACUAAUCAGAAACUCAAAGGCCAUUCUCAUUGGUGUGUGUCUUCUCGGGGUGCUGGCCCUAACGGUGAGCUGGGCGUCGCUGGGACUUGAGCUGGCGGUGGCUGUGGGUUCCAGCGACUUUUGCAUUAACCCCGAUGCUUACGUGUCCAGGACGGUGGAAGCCUACAGCGUGUUGAAUGCAGAUACGUUGAACUAUUACCUGGUCUGUGGUGCUGGCUACCCCAAUCCCUUUCAGCAGAAGCUGUCAGUGAGCCACAAAGCCCUGGUAGAAAUGCAGGAUGAUGUUCUGGAGCUCCUGAAGUUGGCCGUUAAGGAACAUCCUACCUCUAAGGAGCACCUGAUCCGAAUUCAAGAAGUGCUGAACGCCACAGAAGUCAACCUGCAGCAUCUGACCGCUUUGGUUGACUGUCGGAGUUUUCAUUUGGAUUAUGUCCAAGCUCUGACCGGCUUCUGUUAUGAUGGUGUAGAAGGACUGAUCUACCUGGUCCUCUUUUCCUUUGUCACGGCUCUGAUGUUCAGCUCUAUAGUGUGUAGUGUCCCACACACUUGGACGCAGAAGAGGAGCACCGAAGACGAUGGAGAGGAAGAAUCAGCUGCUCAAGGGAACCGGCAAACUCACGACAACUUGUACAGAGUCCACAUGCCGAGUCUCUACAGCUGUGGCAGCAGUUACGGCAGCGAAACCAGCAUCCCGGCAGCCGCGCAUACCGUCAGCAAUGCUCCCGUCACGGAGUACAUGACCCAGAAUACCAAUUUCCAGAAUCCCCGUUGUGAGAACACUCCUCUGAUCGGCCGGGAAUCUCCACCUCCUUCUUACACCUCCAGCAUGAGAGCCAAAUAUCUCGCCACCAAUCAGCCUCGCCCGGAUUCUGGCAGCGUGCACUGA